AUGGGAGACGCGCGAGACCGGCGGGCUGCGAGGGGAAGAAGACGGCCCGAGUCUGGAAGGACGCCUUCUCCUCGGGCCGCGUCUUCUGUGGGCGCUGCCUCCCCGACCCGCUCCUCCCGAAAGCUGGAGAAAGGCAAGGGAAAGACAACUCCCGGAGAGCGCCAGGGAGAGGCGGGGCCAACCGCAAGUUGCAGCGCGACCUCAGGGGAGACGGCAAACGCUCAAACAGCUCUUCUGAGUACUGGCGCGUCGAAGAAGCGGAAACCUGCAGAACGGAAAGGAAAACUGUCUCCACGUCCGUCUUCACGUGCCUGUUCCCCUCCCUCAGCCGCUCCGCAAGGAACGCAGCGGGAAGCUGAGUCUUUGGCCGCGUCUCCUCUCGCGUCCUCGGCGUCUUCCGCUGGAGCCGCUCUCGCUCGGGCCUCUCCAGAACCGCGCCCCGGCUCCACAGUCCAGCGCCCUCCGGCGCCUCACGAGGCCUUCGGGGAGCCUGAGAGAGGCUUCCGAGAAGGGACCUGUGUGGGGCGCCUGGAGACGCCCGUCUCGUCUCCGUCGCGCUGCGCCAGUCCGACGUCGCCUCCGUUUUCCUCUUCCUUCUCUUCGUCGCUGCUCCCGAGAAAGCGCCACGACCUCCGGAGCUCGGCCCACCCGACGGUCGACGCGCCGCUGAAGGCGCCCAGUCUGCAGCUCCCCGUCGACGGAGGUGUCUCCAGUGUGGGGUUUGAGCCGGCGGCGUUCUUCGGCGCUUUCCAGAAUGAAGAGCGGGGAAACUUCCCGCCCCUCGACUCGGGGCAGAGUUUGCAGGAGACUGCGUCGCAGCGGCCCUCGACCCUCGCGAGGUCCGUGGGCUCCCGCGCCCCAAUCUACCUCCGACCGCGUCUCCUGCGCCCCCUAUUGCCCCAGGGAGCCCAACCGGCUGGUGCGGGCGCGGGCACCACGCCUCCAGAGACAGGCGCGUUCCGCGAGCUCGGAGAAGCCCUCGGCGCCGCCGAGCAGCGGCGCGCAGGCGAGGAGGCGGACGGGCUCCUGGUGCAAGAGCUAGGCGAAGAAAUGGACGGCGGGAUGGCCCUCCUCCGGAACGAAGGAAGGGACGGGGGCCGGAAGGACCGAGACGAGAGCGGCGCCGGAGCUUCCGGCCGGCGUGUUGGCUUUUCCCGGCUCCGGACCUUUGACAAAACCAACAAGGUCUUCCAACUCUCGCCGGAAGAGGAGGCGAGUCUGGUGCGUCUCGCAGAAGAACAGCACGAGCGCCUCUUUGCGGACGAGGGCAAACGCCGCUGGCUCAAACAAUGGGUGGAGCCUUCGCAGUCGGGCGGCUCCGGCGCCUCGGCCUUGUCUCCGUUGGGACGCGCGAGGCAGACCUUCUUCAUCGCACCCAGCCCCGUGUGGGGCGCGCCGAUGCCUGCAUUGGCUGAGGAACUGACGAAGAAGAAGCUGCCGCUCCCCGUCUCCUCAACCGUUCGGCGCCUCACGCCUCUCCCAGCGUCGCUGGUGUCUUCGCUGGAAAAACCCGCGGACGCCCGAGCCCCUGGCCAGGCUCCGGUCUCUGCCGCGGAACCUGGAGGCGCGACCGCGCCGGUGCAGGCGCCGUGGCGCUCGGGCGACGCCGGACUUCUCCACGCCAAGACAGAGACACCCGAGACGGCCGCUGCAGCGGGGCUGCGAGGCGCAAAGGACGCUGGAGGUUGGGGAGAUAUCGAAGGCCGAGAAAGCCGCGCCCAGACGAAAGCUGCGAGCGCAGACAGCCGAGCCGAAGCGGCGCCCGGACGACCUCGGCGGGUGACCAUUCCGAGAGGCGCAUUCAAGAGUCACGACGCUGUUCGUCGAGGCGAAGCUCCUGUGUGCCUGCGUUUCCUCCCUGCGCUGCACACAACCUCCCCCGAGAGCCCCAAAGGCCUCGCCUCGUCGCCGGCCGCAGCAGCGACCCCGGUUGCUGCCGACGCAGACGACGCAUCGGCCUCGCUCUCGGCUGCGACUUCGUCCUCUCGUCCCGUCUCCGGACCGUUUCCUGAGAAAGAACCAGAACGUCUGUCCUUGUCUUCUUCCCGCACUUCUUCUGCUCUCGCUUCGGCGUCUGCCCCUUCUUCGUCUGUUCCCUCGUUUCCGAAAGAAGACAUUCCGGAGAAGGUGCGGCACGGGGCUCUUCCCUCUUCGGCGGCGGGCGAGGCGGCGCCGUCUCCAGGUCCGGCACGCGAGGGCGAGAGACAUCUGCUUCUCCACGAGAUCGCCGAGGCGGCAGGAGGCGAGGCGGCGCUUGAGGCGGAGAAGGAAGACGAAGAGGCCAAGGAGAGGCAACUCUUGGUUUUCCUGUGUAGUCUGGAACAGGCGAUCUCGCAGUGGGCGGCAGCUGCCACUCUCUGCCAUCGCACCCUCUUCCCUGACGAAGGGAGAGAAGGAGGCUCGGCGUCGACGCUGGCGCAGCGAGGCCGUCAAAGAGACAAACGAGGAGGAGGCGAGAAGGCAAGGGAGACAGACUCCGCGCGUCUGCUGGAGGGCGAGUACUGGGAGAAGGGCAAGGCACAUCCGAGCGCUUCACGAAAGGUGCACGGACAGAGUGCCUUCUCGCCGCUCCUUGCUUCGUCUUUGGAUUCGGUGUUUUCCUCUCGCCCCAACGAGGAAGAAAGAUCCUCUUUCUGGCGCGCCGUGCUUCCUGUGAAGCCCCCAGACAUGCCGCUUGAAGAGUUUGUCGUCUGGUGCCAGCGCCCACUAGGGAUGAACGUCCGGGAGUAUCUUCGGAUUUUGUCCGGUGACGGCCUCGACGCGCCAGGCCCCAUGGCGACUGCAGGGUCGCCACGGGCGGAGCAGGCGGGCGCCUCUGCCUCCAUCGAAGCGAAGCUUGGCAGUCCGCCUCGCGGCCAGCAGUCACGCUGGAGGCACCCGCGGCUUUCUCUUCCGUCCCCGACCGCAACUUCCCUCUCUUCGUCCCUGUCGUCUGUCGCGGCGUCUCGUCCUUCGCCGCAGCUGCCGCGAGGCAGGCGCUCGUCCUCGCGAAGACGCUCUUCGGCUUCGGCUUCUCUGUCUUUUUCCUCGCCUUCUCUCUCAGCCUCGUGCUGCGCCUCCCCAGUCGCUUCUUCCGCCCCGUCCUUUCCGUCCUCUGCCGUCUUUGCGUCGUCGGUUUCAACUGCGGGUGUUUGGCAGCAGCUGUACAACUGGUCCGAAGCGAACGUCGCAGACUUGGGCACCGUCCUCGACGGCUACGUCGACUUUGACGAGAAACGCAAGCGCGCACUGAAGAAGCAGAGACACCUCCAGAGACAGUUCGCCAUCUACAACAAACUCUGCUCCACGAUGCGACGGAACUUUGCAACUUUGCUGCCUCGCCAGCUGCGCACCAUUCGCGCUGGCAUGUUUUUCACGAUUUCCCAGAGCGCUCUUUCUCACGGCCGGCUCCUGAACCUCGUCUCCUGGCAGCCUUCGGAACCUCCCCCGCUCCCUUUCUCGUCGCUGAUCUCUCUUCUGUCUUCCUCGUCUCUUGUCUCUGCCUCACCGCCAGUCGCGGCUCUCUCUGGCGUCGCGGGUCUAGAACACAACGUGACGCCCGGCAAAACUCGCGGGUCUUUGUCUGUUUCUUCUUCGCUUCCUUCUUCCUUCUCUUCCUUUCCUUCGGAGGCUUUGAAGGAGAACGGAGCGAAUGCGUUUCCUCGCGCCAAUGCGUCCUUGCCUCUGUCGGCGUCGCGCGCGCGGUCUGUCUCUACGUGUCCUCUCUUCGUCGACUCCGCCGGUUGCCUCGAGGCCAAGGAAACAGGCGGCGAGAACGACCCGCCGGCAGCAAGUGACGGGCGAGCUUCGCGGUGCGGCACGCGCAUUCUCAGGCAACGGGGCUUGGUAGCCGCCGAGUACUUUGCAGAUCGGGAAGGCCUUCUUCGGGAUCUUGUUUCGUCCUUUCCGUCUUUGUCGAGAGAACUGGGAGCGGACAGAGAGGGUGUCCUUGUGCUAGAGCCUGGCAACCGCGAGGCCGUCGCGAGCGGGGGAAGCGGCCAGAGCCUGGAACGGUCUGCAGCGCUGCGUCAUGGCGGGUGUCGGGUCGGAAGCACAAACAUCGGAAAGGCGUUUUAUUACCAGCGAGCCGUCGACGCUCUCGAGAGACGCUUCGUCGACAUGCACGGCGCCGCCCAGAGACAGCGCGACCGCCUGCAGGCGAUCGCGGAGUUCGGCCUCUUCCCGCCUGCUCCAGAAGAAAUCCCGAGAGGCUGCCAAGUCUGGCGAUGCGUAAACCUAACCCAGUCCGCCGUUCUCUGGCUGCUUUUCCACGACGCCUCCGCCUCUCUCUUGGUCAUGCGAGCCUCUCGGCUCCGGUCCCAUCCGGACCUCCACGCGAUGCUGCACACCGUCCACACGCAGAACGCCUGUCUUUUCCCUCGCUCUUCCUCCCUCUCGUCCUCACCCUCUGUCUGUCCUUACUCGUGUGCUGCUGUCCCUGCCGCGCUGGAGGGCGAAGCGGGAGAGGGCAGAGGAAAAGGGGACAGAGCAGACAGCCCGGCGACGGGACCGCGCUGCAAAGGUUCUCUCGGGGAGAAGGAGAGACACCUUGUCUCCGAGGUUCUGGGACGCGCUCUCGCGACGGCGCGGCGCUUGGCAGGUGACGACGAGAGCCGACAAAGACAGCAAGCUCUGGGAAAAGACGACGAAAGAGAAGGCGAAGACGACCCGCCAGCCGUGCGAAGACACGGAAGCCUCGUCGCCGCCAAAGAUGCAUACCUGGCGGGUGACUCUUUCGUUGAGAUCGCUCCUCACCUAGAAGAUAUCUCUCUGGCGGAGCACCUGGAGAAGCAUGGCGUUUACAAAGGAGAGCGGGAUGUGCAGCGCGUUCGGCAAAUUAUCUUUCUCCUCAUCAGGCUUCUUGAGAAUGCCCCCGAUCGCUCCGUGCUUCUGCCCGUGAAGACCUCCCGAGUGUAUCUCCGCCAGCGUCGCCUCGUUCUGUAUAUCGGAGUGCCCGCCUCUGCUGCGUGCAUUCCUUUCUCGCUCUUGGUCCGCCACCACUCAAUCGCGUCUUCGUCCCCCCCGCCGCGGUCGAAGAAUGCGAAACCUGAGGCGGGCACCGCGCACGCGACGAACCCGGAAGUCAAGCAGGAAGCGCAUGCGCCCGCCGCGAGCGUGGCGACGGCACGAGGUCCAGAAUGGAAGAUUUUCGAUCGUCUGGGAGACGCGAAACGCGAAGAACUCGGAUACGUCCUCUCGCGUGACUUCGGAGUCUCCGUCCUCGACGCUAUGCGGCAGCCCACUGUGGCGUCAGUCCUCGGCUGGGUGGAGCCUCUCGAGAGAAGCCUGCCGCCAGAGUGCUUCCCCUGCGACCGACUCCGGCUCCUGCCUUCGACUGCGCGCACGCCGGUAGACAGCAAGGGCCAACUCCCCUCUUCUCUACCUCUCUACCCCACACGGCCCAUCGAUGUCUCUAAAGCGCACACGUGGAUGCUGGGCGUCUUGCUCUAUCGCAUCUUGUGUGGGGAGGAUCAGGCUGUCUCUUCCUGCUGCGCCUCUCGAUCGAGCGUCUCUUCUUUGCGUGCGUCCUCCGGGACGGGCCCAUUCGACCUUUCUGCAUGCAGCGACGAAUGCGCGAGGCGCUUUCUCGCGUGGUGCCUGACUCCGGACCCGCGCCGGCGGCCUCUCGUCAGCGACUUGCUCCGCCAUCCUUUCCUGUUUGGCCUCGGCGACUCGGGAGGAGCCCUCGAACAGUCGAGCAAGGAACCGGAGACUGCAGACUCGUCCCUUGCGUCGUCUCUGGCGGGCAUCGGGGGGGGCGGCGAGAGCGAGGCGUCGGUGUGGGGAGAAGAGCGAAGAGACAGGAGACAGCCCCGCGACAGGUCCAGAGAUCCCAGUGGGGUCUGCGAACUCGACUGCGGCGGAAGCUUCGACGAAGACUCCAAACACGAGCGCGCGACAUCGGGGGCGAGUGACGCCGAGUCUGCAGGCACUGGUGCUCAGAGCGCCUGCGACGCCUCGCACACGCCGCGCGCCAGGGAGAGGCCAGCGCGGCGACGCGAAGACGCGUCCGGCCCCCGAGAGGCGUGCGGCGAGGCCGGCAGCAGGGGAAAGCGUGCGAGCGGUGCGCGUCGAUCGAGCGACCGCCGACGCGCAGAGUGCAGCAACUCCGAUGCGUCCCCGGUAGCUUCUGCACGUCGGAGACGCGCGGGCGCCUCGCCCCUUCGCGACGGCUGGGGAAGAGGCCUGGGAGGGAGUUCGGCGUCUUCGUCUUCGUUUUGCUUCUCGCCGAGGGGCGCGACUCUCAGGCGAAGGCCCGAUUCGGAGCGCAAGGCGGAGGCAGACGAGCCGGCGAAGACGCAGCUGAGUGAAGACGGUCGCGCGCGGCGCGGGUUCCCGGGACACGAAGGCGACGCGUGGAGAGGGCGAGGCAGAGAAGACGCGAAGCCCGAAGACACCUCUCUAGAAAGACUCCCGGAAACCGCGAGCGACGGGGAACUCCCCUGGCAUCUCUCUGGCGCCCCGGCCGCGCGCGUCAAAGGCCGAAGGUCGAGAGGAGACGAGGGCGAGCGGAGCGGGCGACUCAGCCGAGGCGGAAGCCGACGCGAACGCGGCGGAGGCAGUGCUUGUGCCUCGCAGAGACGGGGUGCGUCGCCGUCGCUGUCUCCCGUGACCACGCCGCGAAGCACGCGCAGCGCGCGAAGGCACGAGACGCAGCGACGGGCGGAACUCGGCGAGGCGUGCGGGCGUCGGCGCACAAGUGCGCGGUCGCAAGUCUCGUCGGGCCGUGCCUCGCCGAGCAAACAUGCAGACGCGUCGCCGGCGUCGCUUCGCCGGCGGCAGCGCGCGUCGCUGUCGGGGAGCAGACGCUCCAGAGACGCCCCCGCGAAGGCGGCGCUGGGCGACGCAGGCGCGGCGCACAGCCUCGACAGAGCGCGGGCGGGCUCCUGCGGGGUUUCCCGCUCGAGGAAAAGGGUGUCCGAGGGGAGCGCGUCGCCGGCCACGCAACGGAAGAAGCCGCGAAGCGACGAACACGUCGACGCGCUCCUGUCGCGCAGCCAGCGCGAACAAGGCGGCAAGACGCGCCUGCUUGCCUGCUCCGAAGCCCUCUUUGGAGACGUCGAACGAAUGGUCCCAGAACUGAUCGGCAGACAACGCGACGGCCGAGAAGACGGCGUUGCGUUCUACGGCGGCAAUGAUCCGCUCUUGAUCGGGCUGCCCAGCGACGACGACGACGCGUGGCACGAGAGCCCCCAAGACGAUGACGAUGAAGAGGAUGACGAAGAGGAGGAUGAAGAGGAUGACGAAGAGGAUGACGUAGAAGCUGAAGAGGAAGAGUGA